CUGUUCCGUCACCCAUCACUCCGCUAAAGGUCGCCACUCCGCCCCAAGCAGACGCGGUCUUCCGCGUAGCUGAGCUGACGUAAGUCCUACCGCGGUCCGCUCCUCUCCGCCGUCGACUGAGAGCGAGCCUCUGCUGGAUGGAUUGAGGCGGGAUCUCGCCAUGGCGGUAGAGAAUGGAAGGGUCGGGGCGGCGGUCGAGGGGAAGGGGUGGGGCCUCUGUCGGAUGCCCUUCUUCGGCGGCGGCGGGGCCGGAGGUUCCUCGUCGUUGAACUCUUCCUCGGCUUAUAGCUUGACGCAGCAGCAGCACCGACCGACGGGGCAGGGCCAGCCGGAGGCUCGGCGGCGCGGCUCCGGCGGCAGUUCCGUGUCGUCGGUGGCCAAGGCGCUGCUGCCCACCCGGCGCCGCCUCCGUCUAGAUCCAACCACUAAGAUCUACUUUCCAUAUGAACCUGGCAAGCAGGUCAGGAGUGCAGUAAAGAUAAAGAACACCAGCAAGUCUCAUGUGGCAUUUAAGUUUCAAACAACUGCACCAAAGAGUUGUUUUAUGCGGCCUCCUGGAGGUAUACUUUCUCCUGGCGAGAGUAUCAUUGCUACAGUUUUCAAGUUUGUUGAGCCUCCAGAGAAUAACGAGAAACCACUGGAGCAAAAGUGCAAGGUUAAAUUUAAGAUUGUCAGUCUAAAGGUGGAAGGACCUAUGGAAUAUGUUCCAGAAUUGUUUGAUGAGCAGAAAGACCACGUUGCAGUGGAGCAGAUUCUGCGGGUUGUGUUCUUAGACCCUGAACGACCAAGUCCUCAAUUGGAGAAGUUGAAGCGACAGCUAGCAGAGGCUGAUGCAGCUUUAGAGGCACGCAAGAAACCUCCUGAAGAUACAGGACCUCGGAUUGUUGGAGAGGGGCUCGUCAUAGAUGAAUGGAAAGAACGAAGAGAAAGAUAUCUGGCUCGCCAGCAGGUUGAAGGGGUUGAUUCAGUGUAAAGUAUGGUUUGUGAUUGUUGCAACUUGUAAUGUCCAAGUACAUCCACUGAUCCAUUCAUGUAUAUGGAGAAAAUGUCUGUCAUGAUUCCUCCCUCCUUAAUUUAGGCUUUUCAUUGGUCAUUUGGAAACUAAAAUCCUUAAGAGAUUUCUUGUGCUUGAUUCAGACUUGUUUGUAGAUAUUGGGAUUCUACUUUGAUGAGAAAUAAAGACAUAUGUUUCUGGUGGUA